AACGAGCGAAAAGUGUAAAGAAGCUUACGAAUAUUUAUUAUUAUAAUUUCUAUUCUUACAAGAAGUGUUUCAGAUACAAUAUAGUUAUAAUAAUAUAACUUAAAUAUUCGACGGGUUCAUGUGAUUAACCUUUAUAUUUAUUUAUUUAAGUGAUGUAUCGUGUUUAGACUUGCAGUAGGUGAAAAAACUCGUCAUGCCACCUAAGACUCGGCCAAAUAAAGCAGCAAAAGCUUUAAAGGAGAAUACAUGUGUGUUAAAUACUAAAAGAUUACGUAAAACAGAUAAAGUGGUUAAGCCUCCUAGAAAGGCUUUAGCUGAUAAAACUAACUCAGCAUCGGACGACAAUGCUUCUAUACUCGCUAUCGAAAAAAAGCCUGUAAGUGUAAAAGUUGUUUCAAUUAAAAAAUCUCAAACAAAAACUGAAGUUAAUACUGAAAGACCACGUCGGGAAAGACGGUUACCUAAGCGUUUUAAAGAAAAUAAUAUAUUAAGCAAUAUAUCAACUAAUGAAGUUUGCCAAUCGAAUAAGAACUCUUUAGAUUUAAAUAAAGCUUCACCCAUUAAAAAGAAACAGAAUCAAUCGAAAAAAAUACCUGUUGUUGUGUUAUCUCCAUUGAAAACACCUAACAGAUUACUUGAUACAAGUUUAAUUAAAAAUCGCCCUAAAAGAAUUUGUAGACUUCCCAGUAAAUUUGAUGAUCAUUCCAUUAGUCCGAAUAAGUUUAUACCGGUCCAGCCUAUUAAUGCUAGUACUCCUUUAGCAAAUAAAACAAAAGAAGUUAGUAAGGUAUCUGCUAAGAGUACUUUAAGUGUAAAGAAUAUAUUAUCACCACUUAAUGUAGCUAAUGAAACAAAAAAGCAGAAAACCUUAAAGGAUUUUUUCAAUAAAAAACAAACAUCAGACUCAAAUAAUAAUGCAAAGCAAAAAAAACAAAAACCUCAAACUUCUCCGAAAAGGUUACCUCUUCUAUCAAAAACAAAACAAACAGUUCAAAAUGCUGAUAAGAAUAGCUCAUUGAGAGUUUUAGGAGAUAAUAAAAAAACACUUAAAAGAGAUUCUAGUAAACUUGAUGUUUAUGAAUUUACUUAUGAUCCCCAAGACGAACCAUCACCAGCAAAGAAAAAAAAGAAAAAAACUGUUGCCAAGAAGCCUACAAAGCCUAAAGUUACCAUCAAAAGCAAUUAUGACAAGAAUUUAGCUAAAGCCCUUGCUUCUUUAAAAAGUAGUGUUUCUUCAAAGCCCUGCAUUGUACCAUCAGUUUCUCAAUCAAAUUCAGCAAAACCAAUUGCCACUCAAAACAAUAUUAUUGCUACCACAGAGCCUAAAACAAAUACAGAGAAAGAAGUGAGUAUUGUUAAUGAGAUAAAUUAUAAUUCUAUUAGAGUUGAGGACAUUGCUAUGGAUAUGCAACCUGGAGAUGAUUAUAAUAUGGAUUAUUCACCUGUAAACUCACCUGCACAUCCUCAAACACCUGCAGAGCCAAUUGAUAAAAAUCAAAUUGUCAACAUACCUAAUGUCAAUGACCCUCUUAAUUUACGAGAUGAUAUAAGUUUCUUUGAUGAACAACCUGUUGCUAGCAGUAGUAUGAAUGUGUCAAUAAAACAUCCAUUAGCUAGCCCAUGGAGAGUGGAGUUUGGUAAUUUACCCAUAAAAUGGCAGGUAAACACUUAUGUUAAGCCCAAUAUGACACCAGCUGUAGAAAGCUCCUUUAUUAACUUCAAUGAUACAAAAAAGAAAUAUGUCUACACAGAUAUGGUAUCAGAAGCAAAUCAAUCAUUACCUGAAAUUGUUCCAAGUACACCAAACUUGAAACAAACUAGCAUUAUUUCUUUUAUCAAAGAAGUUGUAGAAAAAAGUGCAAAUAAGAAAAAAAACACUAAAUCAACACCAGUGAAAGCUAAUUCCUUGUUUGAAGAUAUAACAAAUACAUCCAUAUCUACACCAAUUAAAAAGAAACAGCCUUUGUUAAAUAAUAAUCCGAAAGAAAGUAGCUUAACUCUUAACAAAGAUGAUUCAUUUGCCAAGAGUAAUAAUUCCAGUAGUACGACUAAUGAAACAGAGAGUUCAGAUGUUCAAGCCAAUGAUGAAAAUGGUGUGAUUCCAAAAGACAAGAAAAAAAAGGCAGAUAAAAAUCUAACAUACUUUGGUUUCAAUGAAAGUGAAGAUCAAGAGAAUAUUUCUCCUAAAAAGAAAAAUAAAGCUAGGUCUUUACGAUCACGAACAAGAAGAAUUUUACAAGAAUUAAAUACGCAAAAGGGUCCUAUGAGGGCAGUUAUACCAGUUGCUGCAAAAUCUAAGCCAAUCCAAAGUUCUGAUGUUGUAAAUAAAAUGUUUGAUACAAUGAAGUCAGCAACAGAACCACCGGUUUUUCCAGAGGUGGCUGUUGAUUGCAACAUUGAAAGCACUAAUGUUGUGGAGCCUGCUAUGCCUAAUAAUUUGGAGAAUGAAGACUCAGAAUCAGUACAUUUGUUUGAAGAUAUAGAAUUUAUACAUCACCAGAAGGUGAAUCGUAAAAGUUACGGUAAAACUAAAAAGGUUGCAUUUAACAAAACAUCUGCAACUGAUAACAACAGCGAUCGUUUAUAUGAUAUUGACCGAGCAUCGAGUGAUGAAGAUUCGGAUGAUCAAUCAUUUAGGUUACCAUCUGUAAAACCUAAGAAGGUGAUUAAAAAGAAGAAAACAAAUAAACAGAAAUUGUCUAAGAAAGAGGAAAAAGAAGUCGAAGCCUGGGCCGCUGGUUUCAACUCUAUGUGUGAAGACAUUGAUGAGUUUGAUUUGGUAGUUGAAUAAGAAUCUUCAUUUGAAAUUAUUAUUAAGAUUAUGUUUGAUAAUUUUAUUAUUUGCGUUAAAUAUCUUUUCAUUGAUAAAGUGCAAUAAUGGCGCAUGUUUAGUUUAAAUGAACUACAACAAUAGAUUUUUCCAAUUCCAAUUAAAUAUCUUGAACGAAUCAGCUUGCUAAAAUGAGCACUGUUCUGUACUCUGUUAGCGUCAGAAAAGUUUUCUGACUUCAAUUAUUGUAUAGAAAAUAGAUUUUAAAACAAUGAUGUUAAUAAUCAUUAAAAUCGGGUCGGAAACAGCAUUUUUCAGAAUUGGCCAAUGUCAUGCACGCAAAUUAAAACACCAUGUACAUGAUAUAAAAAAUUAAAAUCAAAUCUAUAUCAAUGCUUAAUAUGUGAUAAAACCACAUUAUUGAGAUAGUGCCUUAAAUUAUUAAUAUAUUUUAAAAAUUGUCAUUUUAAUUUUGAUGAAGAGAACCAACUAAUACGUGAUAUAAUGAUACAAUGUUUACUAAUACAGAAAAAUAUAUAUUUAAAAAAACAUAAUUGGUAAUGGAGGUACGCAUUUACAUGAAUUACACUUAUUCUUCUUCUUUGUUCAAACCCUCUUCCCAGUUCAGCUCGGGUUGGGUCUCCUUGUACAUCUGCGCCAGAAGCUCUGUUCUGGGUUGUCUGUGUACUCAGAUUCUCUUUCUGGGCCUCUUUUUGUAUGUUUGACCACCAGGUUGCGGGCGGUCGCCCUCUUCCCCGCGGUCGGUCCGGGAUAUUUAAGGCUUUCUUGAUAGGAUGAUCAUCGUUACGUCUCAGGAUAUAGCCGUACCAGCGCAGUCGACAUUCCUUCAAUUUUUCCACAAUUGGUGUUACCUUGAACGAUCCCCUGACAUACUCAUUCCUUACUUUGUCCAGCCGGGUGAUUCCUCCCGAUGAAUUACACUUAUUAAGCAUUUAAAAAAUAUUUUAUCUAUAUUUAUAAUUUCAAAUCAUAAGUGCCAUUAAGAAAAAUAAUAAAAAAAAUUGUUUCCAUUUUUUUAUUUAAUACAUCGAACAAAAUCGUGACAACGGGUCUUAAUAUAAGAUAUUUUUCGUCAUUACUUAAUUUAAUCACGAUUAUGAAUAUUAUAUUUUAUUAAUUAUUUAAGUGCCAAUAAUUUUGGACGCGGGAACAACGUCUCUAUAUCUUAAUUAUUUAAAGAAAUCUCCAUAAAUAUCAUGACAUAUUUUAUUAAAAU